CACCAUGAUUCAGAUCAGUAUAUAUACCAUGACCAGCCCCGUGGCAGAGGAAAACCAUUGAGAAACGGGCAUUCCGUCGUCGAUGAGAAGUGACCCCCCCAGCUAUGGAUCAAAGCACCAACAAGGGCCUUGAGCCGAUCAAGGUAGACGACAAGUUUGUCGAGCACGCUUCCGAUGCCUACCCAGGCCUUUCACCAGGGGAUGCCGAGUUUAUGAGGGGGUAUGAGGGAAAGACUGGAAAGAAAGUCGUCAAGAAAAUCGACUUUCGACUCCUGCCCAUUAUGGCCGUUCUAUAUCUACUUGCGCAUAUCGACCGAGGAAACAUCGGAAAUGCGAAAAUCGAGGGGAUGGACAAGGACCUCGGCCUUGUUGGAAACCAGUACAACAUCGCUAGCACCAUCUUUUUCGUGCCCUAUAUCAUUUUCGAGGUGCCUUCCAAUAUUGUCCUCAAGAAGGUCAGAGCGAGCAUCUGGCUGUCGUUCUUGGUUAUAUGUUGGGGAACUGUCAUGACCUGCAUGGGAGUAGUGCAGAACUUUCAAGGCCUCGUUGCGUGUCGAGUAAUUCUCGGAAUAUUCGAGGCAGGCUUCUUCCCAGGUGCCGUCUUCAUCGUCUCAAGCUGGUACCCCCGCCAUGAACUCCAACAGCGCCUUGCCAUUUUCUACACAGCCUCAGCAUUCUCGGGUGCCCUCAGUGGCCUGCUGGCAUUCGGAAUUGCCCGUCUCGAUGGUGCUAGAGGUAUUGCUGGAUGGCGUUGGAUCUUUCUCAUUGAAGGAGCCGUGACUGUAGCCGCUGGUCUGGUGAUGCCAUUGCUCAUAAUUGAUACUCCUGAAAGGGCAAAGUGGCUUUCAGAUGACGAGAAACGCUAUGUAGACCUUCGUCUACGGCUUUCUGGAGUUAGGUCGAACACAGAAGAGGGCGAUAAGUUCUCAUGGAAGCUGCUCUUCAAGACCAUGGUUGAUUGGAAGGUUUUGCUCGGCAUUUUUCUCGCAUGGGCUAAUUCUGUCCCUAAUGCUGCCUUCAAGUUCACCAUGCCACAGAUUAUUAAGCAGCUUGGAUUCUCAACUGCGCAAUCACAGCUCUUGACAAUGCCUCCAUAUGUCUGUGGUGGUAUUGCUGCAUGGUUAUCUGGAAGAUUCUCGGACCGUUUGUCGUGGCGUAUGCCCUUUAUUGUUGGACCCAUGUCUGUACUCCUUGUCGCCCUGGCUGUUCUUUUCAAUUACUCUAAGCACGUGGCGGAUAAUGUUCCAGCCAUGUAUGUUGGUGUGAUGCUGGCUCAGAUCGGUAUUUAUCCACUGCUCCCUGGUAUCAGCGCAUGGACAGGCAACAACCUCGCACCAUCCUGGAAAAGAUCCAUUGGUCUUGCUUGGCUUUUGGCUGCAGGAAAUCUUGGCAGCCUCAUUGGAACAAACAUCUUCCUCGAUAGAGAAGGCCCUCAAUAUCCGACCGGGUAUGGGGUCUCACUCGGAAUUAUCUGCCUGGGUGCUUCCUGCGCUCUGUUCAUGGAAUUUUGUCUCUGGAAGUCGAACAAAGCACGGGCUCAGCUUUCUGAGGCGGAGAUACGUCAGAAGUACUCUCAAGAGGAACUGGAUGCUAUGGGAGAGCGAAGUCCGUUGUACAAGUACACGCUUUAG